AUGACAGAGGAAAAGUAUGAACCGAAUUGGAAAAGUUUAGAUUCUAGACCUUUACCGAAGUGGUACGACGAUGCCAAAAUAGGGAUUUUCAUACAUUGGGGAGUUUUUUCAGUUCCAAGUUAUGGUGGAGAAUGGUUUUGGAACAGUUGGAAAAAUAGAAAAGUUCCAGCAUAUGUUGAUUUUAUGAAAAAAAAUUAUCCACCCAAUUUUACGUAUCAAGAUUUUGCCAAAGAAUUCACGGCUGAAUUUUUUGAUUCACAAAAAUGGGCUGAACUUUUUCAAGAAGCUGGUGCAAGGUAUGUCGUACUGACAAGUAAACAUCACGAAGGAUUUACGUUAUGGCCAUCGAAAUAUUCAUUUAGUUGGAAUUCACAAGAUGUCGGACCCAAUCGAAAUCUCGUUAAAGAAUUAAGCGACGCCAUUAGAAAUUUUACGGAUUUAAAAUUUGGUUUAUAUCAUUCUCUCUACGAAUGGUUCAAUCCACUUUAUUUAGAAGAUAAAGAUAAUAAUUUUACGACAAACGGUUUUGUUAGAAUGAAAACAAUGCCGGAAUUAUACGAAUUAGUUAAUACGUUUAGACCGGAAAUAAUUUGGUCUGAUGGCGAAUGGGAAGCACCAGACGUUUACUGGACUUCGAAAGAAUUUUUAGCUUGGCUUUACAAUGAUAGUCCAGUUCGGGAUACGGUCGUGACAAAUGACCGUUGGGGUCAAGGUAGUCUGUGCAAACAUGGCGAUUUUUACACGUGUCAGGAUAGAUAUAAUCCGGGAGUUCUUCAAACGCAUAAAUGGGAAAAUUGUCUUACUAUCGAUUCAAAAAGUUGGGGGUAUAGAAGAAACGCGCCAUUAAGUGAUUACAUGACCAUUGAAAAAUUAUUACAACAAUUGGUUCAAACAAUUUCUUGUGGAGGUAAUUUUUUGGUUAAUGUGGGACCUACCAAAGAAGGUAUAAUAACACCUAUUUACGAAGAAAGACUAUUACAAAUAGGUACAUGGUUACAAAUCAAUGGAGAAGCAAUUUACUAUUCACGGCCGUGGGUUGUUCAAAAUGACAGUUUUUCCGAUAACGUUUGGUAUACUCAAAAAGACGAAAAUGUCUACGCGAUGGUAAUCGGAUGGCCCAAUCGCGGAUCAGUCGUUUUAAAAUCGAUAAAAUUAGGUUAUAAUGCAACGGCCGCCAUGUUGGGUUACGGGGAUGGAAAUUUAACAAUGAAACAAAUAAACGAUUCAGUUUGGAUAAAAUUUCCAGAACAAAACAAAGUAAAAAGUCAAUGGGUGUACACUAUUAAAUUAUUAAAUGUUUAUCAUUAG